GAUUCACGAUCAUUCCCGAUUCACGAUCACUCCUGGUAAAAAGUGUUUGCUAUGUGAUGAAGCUCAACACGUACAUGGGUGAAUCUAUGAGCAUCUUGUUUCCAGAGGGCUAGUUAAGUUGCCAGAAAAUUGCUGCCCAGUUUGUUCAGCUACAUGUAACCCUGACAACAUGAGCCUGGCCGGCUCUCUCCUCUCCCAACUAGAGUCCUUCACACGUACAUCACAUGAUCUCCUCUGGAGGAGUGGAACUACACAGCCUAGAGGCAGAGGAGUGCUGGAGUCUUCGAUCAAUGUCACCAACUGCCCCCCUCACCGGAGUUCAUCACAGUGUGUGCCAGGGAGGGACAAUGGCUGCCUCUUCUCUGCCACUCUCAGCUGUGCAGUAUGCCACCUCAGAAGGUUCUGUUGAUAGUGGACAAGCGCUUCUUGGACCUGUCUCUACGGGAGCACCUCCACUUGGCCGUGUCGUCAAUGGUUACCAGGGGAACCUCUCCGUUAUUAGACCAUGUUGGCCUGCAAAGAGAUGCCACCCCCCAGGUUGACAGGGGACCCCCAGCUGAGGAGGAAGAGGGACCACCCCACGGAGAAACAAGAGUCUGAUGAGCAACUCACUCCAGUAUCACCAGCUGUUCUCAUGCCAGGCUGACAAGACACCAUGGUGAUCACUAUUCGCCCAUGCUAUUGCCUUGGAGAGACCAUUACUAGCAGCUUGCUAUGGUGCAUCAGUACAGUAUGGAGCUCUCUAUUGGUGACACUGCGUGGGUGGAUAAAGUGGCCGCUACCAUGGCAAUGCACAUGCUUGUGAGAUGCCCCACCCCCUUUGAGAGGUCACACCUCCUGCGCCUACUCUCAGAGGCACAGUUUGGACAGGACUUCAAGUGCACUGCCAGCGUGUUGAAGUAUGAAGAGCUGUAUCAAAUGACCCUGAUCCUGACAGAGGCUGGUCUGGCCUCCAAUACUGCCUUUACCCUUACUGAGGCUGGUCUGGCGUCCAACACGGUCCUCACACAGGCCUUUGAUACAUCAUCACACACCCAAACACUGGCACAGGUAUAUUCAGUUGAAGUGGAGGUACAUGCUGAGUAUGUACUGAGCCAGCUGCUUCAGAAAGAACAGUUCAAUAUCGCUAGAAAGUAUGCCAACAUCGUGAAUUCUACAGCCAGCAAAGUAACUGUGAGAAAAGUCCACCAGUAGUAGCAGUUCUUCUUCUCUUCCUUUCCUGCCUGAGCUUCAAGGAGGAGCACCAGACUACUCCCAGUACACUGACCACACCUCCCUCCUCUCAUCACUCUCAGUGACGGCCGAGGAAGAGUUCAAAGGUCGA